AGGGAGGGAGAGUGUGAGUGCGGGGGGAGAGAGGGAGUGGUGGAGAGUGGUGUUGGCGGCGGUCCACCAGUCCUCACCAAGAGUGAGCUUGGGCGGUCACGGCGCACCGCCACUCACACUUUCCUCUCACUAAUGGCUACCUCAUGCACCACCCACCCAUGCCCAGGCCAUAUUGUAGCAUUUGCCGCCGCUUGAACCAUCCCCGGCGGCCGCUGUGGCUGAGAUUCAGGUGAUAGCUGUCACAUUAUAUGCAAUAAGAUGUCGGAAUUAAAGCCCAUGGAAGAUGACUUGACACCACUUACACAAGACACAGUUGCGGAAGAGGAUGAUAAUCUUAGCGAUAUGGGCUCCCAUACGGGGAGUGAACGUGAUGCAAUGUCGGAAGCAGGUUCGGAAACGCCAUCCAUCUCGGAUAAAUCGAGUCACCGCAAUUCCCGUUCUGCGUCCAACACUCCAACCAAUACGAGAUCCACCCGAAGUCGAGACAACCCAGAGUUUGCAGCCAAACAAAAGUCAUUCAUGGCAAAAGUUCAAGCAGCGACGGCUGGAACCGAAAGUGGAAUGGUGAGACCCGAGACGCCGGGAAAGAGAAAGAGAGACAGUAGCUCUCAGGGAUCGGCCAAGAAGAGAAAAUCUGGAAAAGUGGAUAAUAAUGGCCAGGAUUACCAAAACGAUAAUUAUUGUUGGGAAUGCCAUCGGGAGGGUAUAUUUAUCUGUUGCGAAAUGUGCCCGAGAGUUUUCCACUUAAAAUGUGCAGGGAUCGAGUGUGAGCCAGAGGAGGAUUGGGCAUGCAGUGAAUGCCAUGCUGUAAUGCAGGCAGAAAACAUCGAAAACAGAUCACGAUCUAUGCAGUUGAUAUCCGUGGAGCAGCUUUGUACACUUCUGAAGUUUGCUCUCAACCGUCUAAAGACCAUGCCAGGGAUGGUGGUAUUCUCUCAGGCUGCAGAUUACAUCAAAACCGCAAGCAACAGGACCAAGGUGAUGGAGCCCUUUACAAAACCUGUGGACACAGCAGAAUUUCCAACAUACGAUGAUAUUGUAGUUCAUCCUGUAGACUUUACUUCGCUGGAGCGGAACAUAAAGCGCAAGUUUUACGGAUCAACAGAAGCGUUCUCUUCAGAUGCUAGAUGGAUUGUUCACAACUCUGUAAUAUUUAAUGGAGCCAACUCUAAGGUUUCAUCGAUGGCACGGAUGCUGGUGAAGAUCCUGAAGCAGGAGAUGAGUGAAAUAGAGACCUGUCCAGACUGUUACAUGAACGCUCACCAGAACCCCAAAAGCUGGUUUACAGAAGCUUGUAGAUCGGCUCACCCACUUAUAUGGGCAAGAUUGAAAGGCUUUCCUUUUUGGCCAGCAAAAGCUGUUAAGUGGAGAGACGGGAAUGUAGAUGUCAGAUUUUUCGGAAGACACGACAGAUCUUGGGUUCCCAUUAAGGAAUGUUUUCUCUUCUCCGAGCAAAUGCCAACACCUCUUAAAAAUCGCAAUAAAACUUUAGAAUCGUGUCUUCAAGAGGUCAACGAACACAUAGUAAAGCUGAGAGAAAGAUUCGGCAGGUUUAAGUAUGCACCUCAUCGUGUUCAGUUCAACCCCACGGAUCCAGAUCAAAUAAAGAUUAUGCUUCCUAACUACAAAGGUCCUAUAGCGCUUAGAGUACGCUCUCAGUCUAGGGCACUCUCCAGAUUAUCCGGCCACUCAGAUGACGAGACAUCCUCGAUUGCCUCAACUGAUAGUGGGGCAUCAUUGAGGCGACGUAAGAGGGAGUCUGGAACCUCAUCUGCAACCCAGGGAACAGAGACAGAGGCCGAGAUUGCAAGUCGUACUUCUGUUCAUGGAGACAACGACCAUAUGGAAAACACUCGUUUGCCGAAACUAGAGGAUGGGGAGGUGGUGGAAGGUCGUCCCCAUUCACAAAACAUAGAGCAGCACGUAAAGAGAGAAGCUAAGCAUGAGAGAGAGAAAGAUUCAGAUGAGGAUGAUUCAAAAUUAAAUUUGAAAAUUUCGCCUAAAAUUGGCGAUGAUGAAUCUGACGAGGACAUGGAGAAUUGUGAUAAAUAUCCUGGUGGGAAUUACGACGACGAGAAUUCCGACGAUGACAACUCGUCCAUCAUGAAUGGAAAGUCUCUUCAUCCUCAUACAAUGAAUGACCAAAGUGACGAUGACGACGACGAUGAGAAUUACACCGAUGAAUAUCCCAGUAACAGAAAAAGAUUUGCAGCGAAUAGGGAGAAAGACGGUAGUAUUGAUGAAGUGGAGAGCCAAGAGCAAAGUGGCGAUGAGGGUGGUGACAGGGCCAGGGAUACAAGAGAUAAUGACAGUAGGGCAAGAGUGCAGCAGCUAGGUAAUCAUGCUCAGAGUACGGAGGGGGGAGAGAUGCACGAUGAGGACGACACGCUAGACAGUGAGGCGGACACCAAAUUUGAUACUUGUAAGAAUGUCAGAGAACUUGCAAGUGAAAGCCAAAGUUUGGGAGAGGAUGAGAAAGUGCCGGUGAAAAUGACUUCCGAACUGGUGUUGAAAAGUGAAGACGUUUUAAAUCCACUGGACACACACGUUGAAAAUGCAUGUAGAGAAAGGAAAGUGAAUGAUGACUCGGAUAGUGUAAUGACGGAGAGUGGAAAAGAUAAUAUUAAAAGAACAGAUACUAAUACAGAUGCUAAAAUUAAGAAUAAUGGUGAAACUGUAAAUGCAAAUAAAAGUAUCAAAGAAAAUGUUGAAUCACUUGGAGAUAAGUUAAGAACAAAAACUGAGAAUAAAAAUGAUUUAGAAAGUAAUAUCGAUGAUAAAAAUGUAGGAAAUAAUAUGGAUGAUAAAAGUUAUUUAGAAAGUAAUAUUGAUGAAGAGGAUGAAGUCGAAAGUAAUAUCGAUGAUAAAGAUGAAGUCGAAAGUAAUAUCGAUGAUAAAGAUGAGGUAGAAAGUAAUAUCGAUGAUAAAGAUGAGGUAGAAAGUAAUAUCGAUGAUAAAGAUGAAGUAGAAAGUAAUAUCGAUGAUAAAGAUGAGGUGGAAAGUAAUAUCGAUGAUAAAGAUGAGGUAGAAAGUAAUAUCGAUGAUAAAGAUGAAGUAGAAAGUAAUAUCGAUGAUAAAGAUGAGGUGGAAAGUAAUAUCGAUGAUAAAGAUGAGGUAGAAAGUAAUAUUGAUGAUAAAGAUGAGGUAGAAAGUAAUAUCGAUGAUAAAGAUGAGGUAGAAAGUAAUAUCGAUGAUAAAGAUGAGGUAGAAAGUAAUAUCGAUGAUAAAGAUGAGGUGGAAAGUAAUAUCGAUGAUAAAGAUGACACAGAAAGUAAUGAUGAUGCAUUAGAAUUGGGUGGGGUCAAAGCGGGUGUUCUUGAAGCUUUAGAAAGAGAGUGCAAGAAAGAAUUAAGUGAAAGUGAAGACAGUGACAAUGAAGAAGAGACGGAACAUAAAACAAAAUUGACAGAUAGAAUGGAAAGCGAAAGCGAGUCUGAUAAAAGUGAAAAUGAAAGCAAUAAUAAGUUUAGUGGUAAGAAAAUGAAUGUAGAUGAAAGUGAUGAUGAAAGUGAAAAGAGUGGAGAUGAAAAUGAUAAAAACCCCAAUAUAAAACGCAGAAAUAGAACAGUGUGUGGCGAUGAGGAAAGUGACUCUGAAGAGGAACAUUUAAAUAGAAAUACCAGCAGUGCUUACAAAAAUGGUAGUGAAGAGGGAAUAGGUUGUACUGGUAGUGACAGUAAGGUGGCGGGAGACAGUGUACCUGAUAAAGAAGGGGAUGGGAGUGACAUGAGAAGCAUUGUGAAGGAGCGGGUAAGUGACGAGGAGGAGGAACAGAUGGACACAGAGAGUAAAACGCUCGAGACAAACCGUGGAGUGCGCAAUAGUGUAAAUGAUAGGGUUAAAGAAGAAGUUUUGAGUGGUGAGGAAACUGACAGAAAAAGGAAGAGAGUGAGUGACGACACUAACCAUGAUGAGGACAAGGAGGAAAGCAAUAGAACAUCUCUCUUUGAUGCUGUUCAGUUGAUGAAAACUAUGGGGACGAUAGCAAUAACGAGACUGGAUGGAAAGAGUCUAGAUCAUGGUAGUAACAACAAUGGUGUAACGAUAUCACUGGCUAAAGACCAACACAAAUCUGAGGAUAGGAAGGAUGGAAAUGAGGAUAGGAAGGAUGGAAAUGAUGAUUCCAACCGGACUAGCCCUAGUUUGCAGAGAGUGUCUCCAAGUCAAAAAGUAUCGGAAAGUAAAGACAUGGAGCAGCAUAUAUCUUCCUUAGGGUGUAGUGUAAGUGUAACAAAAGCAGUGGAUAGGGAUAGGGAUAGGGAUAGAGAUAAGGAAAAGGAAAAAGAAAAGGAAAAAGUGAAAAUGCCCUCUGGUGUGGAUACCACACGUCUCAGUCCAUCAAUAUCUAUCAUUCCAAUGUCAGGGGGAAGUGACCGCCAUAGAACUAAAACUACUAUUGCUCCAUCCUCGUCUCCGAGUCCUAGUCGUACGUCACCAUCCGUCUCAUCACAUGCACCGAGAAGUUCUCCAUCAGUCAUAGCACAAAAUCCUCCUCAGUGUUCACCAUCAGCUACUCAGGCUGCACCUCCAAGAGUUUCGUCGUCGUCAUCAAGUAGCUCUCCUCAAACGGGUGUCGGUGGCAUCCCCCCACCACCACCUCUUUCUCAUCCUCAAGCUCCUGCAGCAAGUGGCAUGGGCUCCAGAGGUGUCUUUGGGCCACCACCUCCAGGUAGCCAAGUCAUGGGAAUGGGGAGUGCUCGUGGUCCCAUCAUGACGACGCCUGGCAUGAGAAUGAUGGGUGGAGGAGCACCUGGCAUGAUGGUGCAAUCACGUAUGCCGGGUGGUCCGCCAACUAGACAUCUGCCUCCAGAAGCUGGUCCAUUGUCAGCCCAACUUCAUAAGCACUCACAAAAGUUGGCAGAAGUCAUGCGGGCCACUUUAGAGGAUGUUCUAGGUGGGCUUGUCAUGACAGGUACCCCUGAAGCACGAGUGGCUGCACUUCAACUUGAAUUGGAGCGUACUAAUUGGCGGCAUCAGCAAGAAUUGGCCGAGGUACGCCAUAAUGCAGACGUGAUGCUGGUGGAAAUGAGAGCCAACCUGGAAGCAGAGAAGCAACGAGCUGUAGAUGACGUGAAACGUCAAAUGGAACAACAGAUGAUGGAGGGCCGAAGACAAAUGGAACGGCAGAUGGUGGAACGGCUGGCGGAAGUGCGGAGACAGUUGGAGGCAGAGAAACAGAGAGCUGUUGAAGAAACAAAGAAAAAACAGUGGUGUGCUAACUGUGGCAAGGAAGCAUUAUUUUUCUGUUGUUGGAACACCUCAUAUUGUGACUAUCCUUGUCAGCAAUCACAUUGGCCCCAGCACAUGUCCGUGUGUGGUCAGAAUAGUGACGGUGGGGGUGGCGGUGAUGGAGGGCCUGACUCGGUCAAUGGUGAGGCAAGUGGACAUUCUUCCAGAGUAUCAACACCUGUCCAAAACAUGGUUGCAGCCCAACAGCAGUAUGUAGAUGACGAUGGGGUGGCAGCCAUGGCAGAGGAGCAUCGUCGUCGCAAACAUCGUGAGGAUGAUGUGGGGACUCUAACCUCGUCCAUAUUAGCCCAGUGCCUCAUCAAAGGAAACAGAGAUCGUCCUCGGAAAAAAACCAGAUCCACAAAAUCUUCGGGUUCAUCGAAAGAAAAAGACUCUGCUUCUAAUGCCUCUCCUAAGGCUCCUAAGUCUCCCAAGGCUUGGAUGGACUGGUUUUUGGAGCAAAGUGGUGCAGAAGGUAUCAAAGAAAACUUGCAAGUCACUCCUAAGACUACCAAGACAAAGUCUCGUAAAUCGGGCAAAGUGACAGAUGGUUCCAGGAAAAAACGAAAGAGUACUCCUUGUGUCCGUAGAAAGAUAGAACAUAUCUUAAAACCAGAAGAGGUCACAGAAGAAAUGUUGAAUCGUGUUGCAACUAAACCAAAGGAAAAAACACACGACCAGGAAAAUGGAACUUCUUGUCACCAGUGCCGACAAAAAACAUCAGAUACAAAAACUAUAUGUAGGUCUGGGAAAUGUGUAGGCUUAAGAGGGUUUUUCUGUGGCCCGUGUUUACGCACAAGGUAUGGCGAAGAUGCUCGUAAGGCAUUACUGGACCCUGACUGGUGCUGCCCUGUGUGCAGAGGGAUAUGUAACUGUUCAUUGUGUCGAAAGGCAUUUGGGCAACAAGCAGUAGGUCAGAUUGUGCAAAGACUUGGGAAAAUGGGCUACAAUAAUGUACAGCAGUAUCUAGAUUCAAAGAGUAAUAAAGAAGAGGCAGAAAGCCCUAAUAAAACUGGUCCAGAUAAACAGUGUGAGGGUGAUAAUGAGGCUGAGGAAGACAGCCAAGAUGCUGAAGACUUGAAAGAAGUAAAGGGUGAAGAAGAGUGUGUUACUUGACACUGAUAGCUGAGCUGUGAAUGUUCUAGGCUAUGUAAAUUUAAUAUUAACUAAUGUGAGAGAUGAAUUUAAGUAUUUGACAUAUGCAUAGUCAACACCUUACAGUUGCUACUACUAGAUUUACAAGCUGCUGCAGAUGCUGUCCAUGGUUCACCUGGAAAGUUAAAAAUACUAUGUAUGCUAUAGUCAUUAUAACAUAGAUCCUAACUGAUGGUGGCAGUCUGUGAAAUUGAGUUGGAUUUGGUUUACAAACUGAUACGAAUUAUGGUAUUUUUAGCUUUGCCAGUGUAUUACAUUGGCAAUGUUUAUAUCACUAGUAUUUAUAAGCUGGUAUAUAUAUAUAUAUCCUCUCCAUUUUAUAAGUAUCAUAUUGGUCAAUUGUGUAUAUUGUCAUAGUUGUUAUUACAUGUAGUGAUAGGGUCCUGUUAUUUGUUUCAUGGGGCUGCUACCCAUUACAUAUCACUAUUUUAUUUUGACUUAUUUUGUUGUAUUUAAGCAGUUAACGAGGAUGUCUGCAUGUACUUUAUCAAUCUUUAAAUAUUUACCACAUGACAUUUUGAGUUGUGUAGGCUUAAAAGAUUUGUUACAUUUAAGUAUUUUGUAUUAUUGACAGAAAAACGUUUUUUCAGUUAAUGAAGCUUUAUUGUGUACCCAAUAGAAGCUGUACUUGUAUGCUAAUAUACAAGACCAAAAUAUUAGUCCUAAUAUUUAUACAGUAAUUCCAUUGUUAUUAAGUGAUUGUAGCGGAUGGCAGCCCCCAUCACUCAAGAAUAUGGUGGGCCUCUUUCACCCAUUUCUUUACUUUGUUUAACAGGUUACCAUGUAGCUAUUUACUAUUAUUGGUAUGCAACGCUGCUUGCUUUGUUGCUAGUCGGUUGUACAGAGCGGGUAGAGGAGGAAUGUGUACUGAUCAAGGCACCCUUGAAGGUAACACGUGUGCCACUAAAUGCCAUAAUGGAAACAUAAAAAUCAAAUUAACAAAGUCAAAUUUUCCUAUUUCUUGGUCAGAUAUAGGCAAGGUCUGCUAGCCUUAUUGGUAUAUUUUCUUGUUCAGCAAUUGCCUUUUUCUUUUAAGUGUAUGAAAAUGUGUGGACGAUAAUGUUUAUAUGAGUGUGUGGGGGGUGAUAAUGUGCUUCUAUGAGAGACAAUAUAUACUAAUAUACAUGUUAGAACCAUUAAUGUGAAAAACAUUGUGUUUUGGUUUUAUAAAAUUACAGUAUACUGUAAACAGUAAAGUUAUUAGCACUAUUCAAUAUUCAAAAUAUUGAUGAAUUCGACUGUGUUUAUAUUAAGAGUACAGAUUUGUAUAUGCACCUUUCACAGUAUGGGUAUAAAGAAUUGUAACUGAUGUAUCAGAUUUAGCUGCACUAUAUUGUAAGCUACUUGAACUGUGAUUUUGUGAGCUUGUUGGACAACUCAAGAGAAAUACCAGCCAAAAAUAAAAUGUAAAAUAAUUCUCUAGUGAAGUUGAUGCUUCACCAUGGACAAGCUUGUUUCAAGACAAAUAGAUGUAUUACUUUCAGUAAUGGCCUUAUUUGGUGUAUUCACAUCCUUGAAUGCUUGCUCUCGUUUGGUGCAUUCACAUACUUGAUGAGUUGGCCUUGUGGCAUGUUCACAUCCAUCAUGACUUAGCUUUGUGUGACGGCUAGGCCUCGUAUCAUGCAUUUACAUCCUUGAAAGCUUAGACUCGUGUGCUUGUCCUAUUUCCCAAAAAAGGCAUUCCUUAUUCCUAUUUCUACCCAAUCAUUCAUUCCUCAAUCUGUGCCCAUUGGUAGUGUCGGUGGUCUUCUGUUCCUGGUAACAAACUGCGUGCUCUUAAGGAUAGCCUGUCCACUUGGCUUUCCUCCUCCUGCCGUAACUGGUGGUGGGAAACAGCUCUGGCAAGGUUACAUACUGGCCGUACACAUUUAGCACGUGGACCCUUAAUGGAGCAUCACCCCUACUCCUUAUUGUCCGAACAGCAUUGUCCCUCUUACAGUUGUGCAUAUCCUUGUUGAAUGUCCUGACUUCCAGUGCGUGCAUAUUACUGUAUCUUGCUUCCCGACUGUCCCUCGAUAGAAUCCUUCUUUGAUAACACUCGCCUUGAGCACUUUUGUUUCCAUAUUGGCAUCCUUAGUGAUAUUUAGCUCCUUUUAAAAAUCCUGAGACUUUGAUUGUGCUACAUAGUCUCCCCGGCUUGGUGCAUUCAUAUCCCUAAUGGUUUGGCCUCAUAUGGUGCAUCCACAUCUUUGGCCUUGUAUGGUGCAUCCACAUCUUUGGCCUUGUAUGGUGCAUCCACAUCUUUGGCCUUGUAUGGUGCAUCCACAUCUUUGGCCUUGUAUGGUGCAUCCACAUCUUUGGCCUUGUAUGGUGCAUCCACAUCUUUGGCCUUGUAUGGUGCAUCCACAUCUUUGGCCUUGUAUGGUGUAUCCACAUCUUUGGCCUUGUAUGGUGCAUCCACAUCUUUGAAGGCUUGGUCUUGUAUGGUGCAUUCACAUCUUUGAAGGCUUGGCCUUGUAUGGUGCUUUCACACCUUUGAUAGCCUGGCCUUGUAUGGUGCAUUCACAUCUUUGAAGGCAUGGCCUUGUAUGGUGCAUUCACAUCUUUGAAGGCUUGGUCUUGUAUGGUGCAUUCACAUCUUUGAAGGCUUGGUCUUGUAUGGUGCAUUCACAUCUUUGAAGGCAUGGCCUUGUAUGGUGCAUUCACAUCUUUGAAGGCUUGGUCUUGUAUGGUGCAUUCACAUCUUUGAAGGCAUGGCCUUGUAUGGUGCAUUCACAUCUUUGAAGGCUUGGUCUUGUAUGGUGCAUUCACAUUUUUGAAGGCUUGGUCUUGUAUGGUGCAUUCACAUCUUUGAAGGCAUGGCCUUGUAUGGUGCAUUCACAUCUUUGAAGGCUUGGCCUUGUAUGGUGCAUUCACAUUUUUGAAGGCUUGGCCUUGUAUGGUGCUUUCACAUCUUUGAAGGCUUUGCAUCAUGUAGUGUGUAUUCACAUCUUUGCGUCAUGUGGUGUGAUCACAUCCUUGGAGGCUUUGCCCUGCAUGGUGUGUUUACUUCUUUGGGGGUUUAACUUCAUAGGUGUCUUCUUGGGGACCCACAUAGGAACAGCGCUUAAAAAAAUGUCACUACCCUUUAUUGGUAAGAGUUGAUAUCAGAUAAAAUCUCUAGAGAGUAACACAUUGUCAAUGCUUGCAGCACUCAAGCUUUCACAGUGUAAACCUUUAAAGCACUGGUGCUCACAGUGUAAACCUUUAGCGCACCGGUGCUCACAGUGUAAACCUUUAAAGCACUGGUGCUCAGUGUAAAUCUAUUCUUUCUUUGUGUACUUGAAACUCCAGAACACUGCAUUGCAGCUCAAGUAAUUUACAGAUUGUUCCUAAUGUUAGGGAAAUUUGCUCUGUGAAAGUUUUAAUGCCAAAAUUGAUACAAGAAUGUUGUGAUAGUGAAGUUACAUGAAGAGAUGAUCUCUUUUUGUUGCAUAGUGAUUUGUUAGUUGCUAACACUGCCAUGCAUCAGUCAUUAUUUAUUAUUUUAUUUAUUUUUAAGCGUCUUGCAUAUACCAAAUAACAUAAAAUCAAUGAAAUGUUAAAAAUUGCAUUUAGUUGUAUGCAGCAUAUAGUAGAGAAAAAGGUCUUUUGUGUUCCUAAAUUUUUUUAUGAAUUGAGACUGCAUCUUGCUUCUGCUUGUUAUGCGCCAAAUAAGAUUAUUUAAAGGGUAAAGCAAAAAUUUGGUUAUAGAUUUUUGUAUGUUCUCAUAAUUUUGAAUACAGAUACAGUAGUUUAUUUAUGUGGAUAUGAUGGAUAACAUGACAUUUGAGCAGUUUAGACAUUGCGUUAGUCUGGAGACUUGGUGGCAGAGGAGUUAUUGUGUUGGGCUCUCACUCGGAUGGCCUAGAGGUCCAAUCCAGUGCACUUGUAAUAUGUAAACACCUCAUUCCAUUUCUGUGUGUCAGAAGGUACUCCAGAGCUUGGGAGUGGGUCGACUUGCGUAGUGUGCAAUGACGAAUCUCAAUGUUUAGUAUGUAUAAAAUGUAUGGAAACUGUCGCAAUUAUCAUUUAACACAAUGUCACUAAUUGUGCAUAAAAGUUUUGAAUGCCUGUAUUUAAAAGCCUGCAUCUGAUCUAGUACUGCUUUAGAUAAGUUGAAUUUCUUGGUGAAUCUUGGUAAGGCUUUCUGUAUAAACACACAUUUCUAAUGCUAAUGAACAUUUAAAUGGUGUGUUGUAAACAGAAGUCAUGUAUAUUUAGUGCUGUGUACACAGAUCUGUGAACAAUUUGCAAACUGCUUAUUUUUUUUUAUACCAUGAUGAAAAUGUCCAAAGUAUGCUUGUAGAUGAAGAUAAAAUUAAUUGAAGAUAGUUUUAAAAUACUGUGGGCCUUUAUAUCACGACUGUUGACUGUUGGUAACCGUCAAGUUAGAAGAGUACCCACAUGUUGGAGAACUGUAGGAUAUCAAGACUAACUAAGUCAAGGUUGUGGUGGUCAGUGGUAAAAGAGGAGGAAAGAGGAAUGGUAGGAAUAUGGGGGGUAGGGGCUAGAGCCAUAGGAGGGGAAUGGUAGGAAUAGGACAUAUUGUGGGGGAAGGGGCAUGAUGGAGGGGAAUGGUAGAAGUAGGGGGAAAUGGUUGGUGUAGGAGGGGGUUGAGCCAAAUUUGGGAAGUGUAGGGUAGAAGAGUACAGUAUUAGGAAAUGUCAUUAACUUAGAUGUUAAUAGAUAAAAUAAGGACUAUAAUUAGCUGGAGUCAUAGUAGGAUUAGGGGAAUGAUUAGCUGGGUCCACAGUAGGGGGUGAAGACAAUGAUUAGCUGGUUCACAGUAGGGGUGAGGACAAUGAUUAGCUGGGUUCACAGUAGGGGUGAGGACAAUGAUUAGCUGGGUUCACAGUAGGGGGUGAGGACAAUGAUUAGCUGGGUCCACAGUAGGGGUGAGGACAAUGAUUAACUGAGUUCACUGUAGGGGGUGAGGACAGUGAUUAGCUGGGUUCACAGUAGGGGGUGAGGACAGUGAUUAGCUGGGUUCACAGUAGGGGGUGAGGACAAUAAUUAGCUGGGUUCACAGUAGGGGGUGAGGACCAGUGAUUAGCUGGGUUCACAGUAGGGGUGGGGACAAUUAUUAGCUGGGUUCACAGUAGGACAAGGGUUUUGGUAAAGUAUGUGUAAGGACAUUUUCAUUUUGAUAAAAGUAGCUGUGUGAAUAGAUAAGAGGUGAGUGAGACACACACAGUCUGUAUGGUGUGUGUGUGUGUAUAGGACCACUGUGCCACACUAUAAUUGUUUAGACAAUUUCUCUAGUGAUAAAGGCAGUGCCCCAAAAAUUAGAUUGCAAGGUUGAAUUUCAAGAUAUAUAAUUGUACCAAGUAGCAAAUUAUCCAGAGUGGGCUUGAAUGGUGCUGAACAGUCAUACUGGCUUUGCAAUUUUUAAUUAAUUUCUUACUUUGAUUUGAAAAAAAUACAUAAAUGGGCAUAUACAGUAGAUGGCAGAGAGGAUCAUAAUUAUUAAUCAAUUUUUUUAAUUACUUUGGAGCAUAAUUACUCCCAGAAAGAAUGGUUUUGUUUUGUGGGGAAGGCAGGUUGUAGGUUACUGGUGACAUUUAAUGAUGAUGGCUCCUGAGCUUGAUGUCCAACCACUUGGGCUGGACGGUAGAGUGACGGUCUCACUUCAUGCAGGUCGGCGUUCAAUCCCCGACCGUCCAAGUGGUUGGGCACCAUUCCUUUUCCCUGUCCCAUCCCAAAUUCUUAUCCUGACCCCUUCCCAAGUGCUAUCUAGUUGUAAUGCUUAGCACUUUCCUUUGAUAAUUCCCUCCCCCUCCCUCCUGAGCUGGAUAAUCUCACAGAUGCUGGCAGUCUCUUGGUCAAUCUCAAGUUUUGUCUCCCACCUAGAAUCUUUCAAUUCACUUUAAUGCACUAUUCAUCACUCUUAUACAGUAACCCAUUUAUUAUUCAACUUUGUGUUACUAAAUUUGUUACUAUACCAUCUUGCCACAAUUAGUAAAUGUGACUGAUGUUGCUUAUAGGGUACACAAGAUUAAUUGUGACACUUAAUGGAACAAGAACCUGUAUCUUACUUUCAAAUUCCAUUGUUAUGCAAAGUCACUUUCCUCUUCAUUGAAUGUUUUAAUUUUCUAGAUGCUCAGAAAUCUUGCUUUCCCAAUGUCCCUUUGAUUCAUUUAUCCUUCAGUAAAGUUCUUCGUGAAUCAGAUAGUUUCAUCAUCAAUUGCCUUGGGUUUUUUGUUGUUUUUUCGUACUGGUAUCCUCGCUGAUAUCUAAACUAAGAAUAUUUGUUCACCAUUUUACACCACAGACAAUGUUACUUAGUCUACCAAGCUUGGUGCUUUCUUGAUGAUUACUAAUUUGCCACGGACUUGUCAGUCUUGUGUUGUAGGUGCACUCACUUUUAAAGUACAGUAAUUUGAAAUUAAAUUUUUAAUCAAAAUCCUUCAUCUCGCCUCAUAUUUAAGACUACUGUACACAUAAUUAUAUUUUUAAUAUCUUUAAUGUUCAACAAAGGUUUUAAAAUAUAUAUAAUUUGUGCAUAAUGAUUUAUGAAGAUUUGGGAAGAAUGUAGGCCUGGCCUAUCUUGGCGGCUCGUUACUUAGGACCUCCGGUUGACCACUUUUUAUGCUGGCCAUGGGUCUGGUUCUGUUUUGGCUUCUGGCUUUUUAGUAGCCCACUCUGGCUUUUUGAUCAGUUGGAGUACAUCCCUGUUGGUCUCUCUUCAGGGUCUGGCUGGUCUGGUCCAUGUUGCCAGACUGGCCUCCCUGUCCCUCAGUUUGCUGUGUUAUGGCUGCACUUAAGAGCUCUAUUUGAUGCUAGGAUGGUUUGGGCUUUCCUGCCAGCCACUCAUUCACCGUUUGGGGUGUUUCAGCUGGUUGUGGGCACUUUCCUACUUUCUUUGGUCAGCAUUCUUUCACCACUGUCUGAGCUGUGUUUUGCAGGCCCAUUUUGCAUUAGGUGGAUUCUGUCAAAUUUGUACUCUCAGAUUUUGUUGGGGAGGGGCUUGGUCAUGGUACGUUUCUUCAUUGGUGCUCGGGCUUUUCCUGGCUUUGUUGCCCCUCGGCUGGGUCUUCACCUCAAGGUAUUCCCAUAAUGGUAACCGUUCUAGCAUAUAAGUGUGUGCUGUUUACGGUGUGGGUGUUUAACUUCUGUCUGUUUGACCUGUGUGGGGAACAGUAAAAAACAUCAUUCCUGUGGUUUUGUAGGCUAUUGCUGUCCUUGGGUGGGUGCAAUUACUAAGUGUAUUUACAGGAUGAGAGCCACACGUGUAGUUCCCGUCUUCCCAGUACUCUUUGUCG